UUUUGGUAUUUUCGCGUUGCAUUCCUUUGUAGCGCAUUUCCCCCCGUUGUUAGCGAAGUAACGCACGUCCCCAAAAAUGUUGUUUCCCGAGGACACAAACUUUUCCAACCCUUCGGCCGACGGCGCACUUGAGCGACUAACAGUGCCGUACACCUACAAAUCGGAAUGUUUCCAUUUCGUGAAGAAAGAUUUCUCCAAACAGUUCGCUUUCAUCUAUGCGUCCCGGUUGGAGGAGAUGCUGAAGCUGUUGGAAGCGAGCGUACAGCGCAAGUGGGGCAGCGAAAUGCCGAUCAAAAGGCUGGCCGAUCUGCGUGAGGACUGUCCACAGAAGUGUGUUAUUAUUGGAACCCUGUUUAAGCACCAGGAACUGAAACCGAGCAUCUUGCGGGAAAUAUCGGAGGAAAAUCAGCUGGCUCCACAGCCACCCCGCUCGCACUACACGAACGAUAAUGAUAUUUUGAUACUGGAAGAUGCUCUGCAGCGUAUCAAGCUGGUCGGGAAGAUAGACGUACACUCGAUAGUGACGGGAGUGGUGUGUGCCGUCAUGGGCCAAGACAGAUAUGAGGAAAGCGAUGGACGGUUUUUCGUCGAGGAUCAUAUUUUCUAUGAGGGAGGUCCUCAAAAAGAGUUACAGCCUCUGGAAACCUCUCCGUUGCUCGUUUUGAUGUCAGGAUUAAAUCAGACUGCUGCCAAUGAUUUUUCUCCCUCGCUGGAACUACUGCAACAGUGGGUUUUUGGCAAUCUCGAAGGUCUCGUCGAGGGACACGAUUGGGAAGCGGCCAGCAUCGUACGCAUCAUCAUCGCGGGCAAUUCGGUGAAGGCAAGCUCGAAACCGAAAAAUCAUCUACAAUCGAAGGUCACCACCGAAACGGACGCUCUCCUUGGUGCGGUAAAAUCCGUCGACUCGUUGAUACACAAUCUCGCCCAAUCGGUCCCGGUCGACCUGAUGCCAGGUGAGUUCGAUCCGGCCAAUCACAUGCUACCGCAGCAAGCGAUGCACCACUGUCUGUUUCCGCGUUCGGUGCAGUUCAGUGCGUUCAAGGGUGUACCCAAUCCGUACGCCUUUGAGCUAGCCGAUCGGUACGUGGUCGGAACGUCCGGGCAGAAUGUGCAGGAUGUGAUGCGUUACUCCAAGAUACCGAACGCACUGGAAGCGUUGCGAGCAACGCUACGCUGGAGCCACAUCGUACCGACCGCCCCGGAUACGUUGCCGUGCUAUCCGUACUACCAACAGGAUCCAUUCAUUAUCGGCGACUGUCCGCACGUAUACUUUGCCGGGAAUGUGGGCGAAUUCAGUACGGAGCUGUGGACGGGUGCUAACGGGCAACAGACGCGACUGGUAUGUGUGCCUUCGUUUUCGGAAAACCAAAGCAUCGCUGUCGUUAAUCUGCGAACGAUGGAAUGCCGCAAGAUUAGCUUCAAAAUGGAUGGGUUGGAAGGAGGAGAGGAGUGAGGAGGAGGAAGAGGUAGAUUUUAAGUUCUCUUUCCAUCAGUGUGUUCAAUACAAAGCUACGAUAAGAUCUGGUAAGAAUAA